AUGGCUGUUACUGGUCGUUUAAUAACAAAUUUUUCUAAAUCCAUCGUUUUUAAUUUAAAAAAAAAUUCAUUUAAAUUUUCAAAUGAUGGUUUAAAUUCGCGACAUUUUUCUUCAACUCUUAAUAGAUAUUCAGCCAAAAAAUUUUCUGAAAAACAUGAAUGGGUGGUAGUUUCUGGUAAUGUAGGUACUGUUGGAAUAUCAAAUUAUGCUCAAGAAGCUUUAGGAGAUGUAGUUUAUGCUCAAUUACCUGAUGUCGGUUCAACUAUAAACCAACAUGAUGAAUGUGGUGCUUUAGAAUCUGUCAAAGCAGCUAGUGAAGUUUAUACUCCAGUUUCAGGCAAAGUUAUUGAAAAAAAUACUGAAGUCGAAGAGAGUCCUGGUUUGGUUAAUCAGUCUUGCUAUGACAAAGGAUGGCUGUUUAAAAUAGAACUUUCAAAUGAAUCAGAAUUACAGAAUUUAAUGUCAGAAGAAAAUUAUGAAGAAUAUUUAAAAAAAUGUGAUCAUUAA